AUGGCCGUGCCACAACAUCCACAAGUGGGCGCCAUGGCCGCUGCGCUGAGACAACGACUUGAGCAACUCCCACAACUCAACCUCCAAAUCGCCGAACAACCCCCCAGGCGUGGACAUAGAAGAGAUCCUUCAGAUGAUGUCUCUUCUGCAGCCUCAUCACAUUCGACUCGAUCUUUUGGCUCACGCAGGUCAACAGUGUCCAACGCUACGGACGUAACAGACAUGACCCUCACCCCACUGCGCUCAAGAGCCGGAACAUUAUAUCAGACAGAAACAGUUGUACCCUCAGCAACUCAGCAUGUUCCGUGUAAACCACCUCUGCGUGUUGUACUGGGCACUGCAUCUGUCGGCUCACACCUGUCUCCUCUUGCUAAGAUCACCACCACCGAAGAUCUCCAGAAGUUCGUGAACACUUUUCGGUCAAGAGGCUACCUCGACAUCGACACAGCCCGUGCCUAUCCAGUAGGAAGAGGAGGUACAUGCGAGAAGCUGCUCGGUGAGAAGGCCUUGAGGUUAUCCAAGUGGGCCAAUGUUUCGACCAAAGUGUCCAGUUUCAUGCCUGGCAGUCACCGGACCAAGAACAUCAACCUCAGUAUCGACCGCUCAUUAGAAGCCCUGGACGCUGACUCGGUCGACAUCAUGUACCUACACGCACCUGAUCGAGCCACACCUUUCGAGGAGACUUGCAAGACUAUGCACAACGCUUUCCUCGAGGGCAAGUUCGAACGCUUCGGUCUCUCCAACUAUACUGUUGAAGAAGUCGAGCAGAUUGUCAAGAUCUGCGAAGAAAACAACUAUGUCAAGCCUUCGGUCUACCAGGGUCAAUACAAUCCCAUUUGCCGAGGAGCCGAGGAACGACUCUUCACCGUCCUCCGCGAACACAACAUCGCCUUCUACGCCUACAGCCCUUCGGCCUGCGGCUUCUUUUCCAGCAAGGUCAGCAGAGCAUCUGCAAAGGACAAAGAUAGCCGGUGGAACGUCGCAUCGCCCCUGGGAGCCAAGUACUCGGGCGACUACUUCCACGACCCCCUCUUCGCUGCUGCCGAGAUCGUGCGACAGCAAGCCCGCCGCUUUGGCAUCUCUGGCCAUGCUGCUGCGCUUCGAUGGACUACAUGGCAUUCGGAGCUUGGUGCCGAGUUCGGUGACUCAGUCAUCAUUGGCGCUUCCAAGCUCAGCCAGCUUUCCGAGAACUUGGACAUACUCGAGCAAGGCCCUCUCCCCCAGCCGCUUGUGGACACCAUCAACGGUGUUUGGGAGGAUGUGAAGGCAUUUGAGCUCGGCCCCAGGUUUUCAUUUGUCUAG